GUGUAAUGUGUUGUUUUCGUUGACUUACUCUAUACCACACCCCUUUCGUUCGUCCCUUUCUGUUGUCAUUUUCAUUUGUGAAAUAAUUUUGUUCGUUACAUCAAAAAUUUGAAAAGAAGAUGAAUCCAGGCAAAAAGUCGCCCAGUAUGGGCACGCCAUCGAUGUACUCCCACAUCACAACAAGGUCAUCAGCGAAUCUUAAGUCCACUCGGUCUAUGCGAUCCGUUCGGUUGCCUUGGUAUCAACGGCCAAUAUUGACUGAUGCAUAUUUCAUUGAUAUUCAAAGGGGAUCAUUGUUUUUCUCUAUUUAUUCCCUGUUGUUGAGCAUCUUCACACUGAUCACAGCAGUUUUUGAUCUUUAUUCCCUCGGAAUGGCUGCACCAGGCUCAACUCACUACGGCUUCUACUUCAUCAGUUAUCAGUUUGUUUAUGUGGGAAAUAGAUAUGUGCGGAACAUCUUGAUCCUGUUUGCAUUGUUCUCCUUGAUCGCAGCCGUGGCUGUCCUUGUUUCCAGCAUCAUGCUUAUAAUAGCCCUAAGAAAGGAGUACGAGCACAAGAUAGUUCCUUGGUUGUAUGUGUUUGCCGUGUUUACAAUCUUGCGGUUCCUGGCCUGGUUGUUCUUCUCCAUAGUCAAUGAUCUGAUAUUCGGCUACAACAUCACCAUGUGUCUUCUCUGGGCAGUAUUUACUGCCCUCAACAUCUACGGCUGGAUCCUCGUCUACUCUCUGUACCUGGAACUGUCUGAUCUCACUAAACUGGAAGACCUAGCUCACUUGCGUCUUGGGUUGUCUAUGAACCCUGCUCACCACAUGGGAACCAUGGCUUCACUGAAUGCGUCCACCACUCAUUCGUUGGCUGGGUCCAGACCUACUACCCCACAUAGCACAGUAUCAACCCAACCAGUCAUGUAAACAAACCAUCAAGAUCUCACCACGAUUACCUGAGUAAGGGUGUCAGUAUACCAAGAGAAAACAUACUGCUGAUAUUUUUGCAAGUGAGGAGUGUGGUGAGCAAAUGUACUAACAGAAUUUUUAAAAUUUGUAACUUUUUAAUGGUGAAGUCCUUGUGACAUGCUUGGAUUAAAUUUCUACAUCUGCUAGAUUAUCGCACAUGUUAUUAUGAGUUAAAACUCACAUAUCUUGUGAUUUAAGAAAGAAAAAUUAGCUAGUACUUACUUUUUAAGCUUGAGAACAAUCUUUUGAAAAACAAUCAUGUAUUGAGUUUUAGCAUUGACUAUUGGAUACAGAAGAAGACAUCCCAUCUAUACGGAUCAGCUGUCGCCAAUUUUUUACUAAAAAAGAAUGUAGUUGUGUGAGCCAGUCACAGAUUGCACUAGUGUCUAAAACUCUAUUUUGUACCUUAUUUUUUGUUACUGACAGUUGCUGGGUCAUAACAGUUGCUAUAGCACAUAAUAAGUCAUUCCAUCAGUUUGACUUGGUAAAAACCAUCGUGUAAUUGGCAGAAAUCGAUAAUUUAGAUCAGCGCAAUCUGUAGGUGGCUCACAUCAACUAAGAACUAUUUUAUUAAAAACCUGGCUACAACUGUAACAUGGGGAUGGAAUGUCUAGUUGUUGUAUUAUUAGUCAAAGGUUUUAGUUAAGUAAUUUCUGUAAAUGUAAAAUCUCGAAUGUUUUGUCAGUUUAUAUAAGUUGAACAUAAGUUUGAGGAGCUAUCGAUAUCUCAUCUUGUAUAAAACCAUACUUUUAAUUUCCCUUGUUAGUGUCAUAGUAUUACUAAUUUUGUAUUUUUUUUUACAUUUUUGAUUUUUUGAAUAUGAUUGUGUGAAGCACAUUAUAAAGCAUAUUAUUUUCUAAGCUAGUUUUUAGAACAAAAAUAGAACAAAUUUUGACUGUCCCUUAUCAUACAUACCUAUUGUAUUUAGUUUUGAAACAAAUUUGUAUUUAUUUGUACAUUUCCAGAUAGUUGAUCAAAGUGUUUGGUAACUCUUAAGCUGUAAAACUAGUUUCCAAGUAAUGUGUUGAUCACACUUAGCUUAUUAUUUAGUUUCUGCUUUUUUCUUUUGCUUUGUUUUUUUAUAUAUUUUUAUAUUUAAUACACUUAAGACUACUUUCUGUCAGUUAAACAACUGGCAGCUACAACUAGGCAAAUGGUAUUGUAUUAUUUUUACCUAUAUUAUUGCUAGCUUGUUCUCUUAAAGAGUGCAUUUUAGGAAAUGAUGACGUCCACACAAGUAUUUUGUGCCUUGUUCCGUCCAUUUUUAUGUAAAGUAUAUAUAAAUAUAUUUGUAAUGUUUACACAAAGUUAAUUUUAAAGUAUUAUUGUUAUAGAUGUAAUUUUGUACAAAGUAUUUACGAUUCAACAGUUGCACAAAUAAACUAUG